AUGGUCCAAUUAUCCCCCGACCUCGGGCUGAAGGUCUCUGUGGGAAUAUUCCUAACGAGCUCGCUAUUCCUUACUACCUCAUACAACACCACGUUCGCUUUUGAUCGCCCUGUCAGUACAUCAGUUCUAGUCUGCUUCCUUAGCGGGCUUGUCCUCUUGCUAUGGGGUCGCUUUGUUCCAACAGGGUCACAACUCUCGUCGCCGACAUUCAAACGACCGGGUGUACCCCUCGCGGAGCAGUAUGAGCUACCUUCACGUGCAUCGACCUCCUCAUUCACAUUUGGCGAAGCUGAGAAUCGCCCCUCGUUGCGAAACCGAUCAUGGUGGAUAAAACUUAGUUUAUUGGUGGGGCUGGGUGGCUUGCGAGUCGAGUCUUUCCGUCAAGUUACUCGACACAGCGAAUGCGUGCCGUUUGGAUAUGCUUAUACUAUUCCAUUCGUUAUUUCGCUCUACGACUACUGGCGCAACCAGCGAUCGCGACAAGUGGAGGCUUAUGUCCCUGCGCAACGAUUUGACAAGCUGCCGCUGCAGGUGACUUACUCGGUUUGCCGUCGGAGCUUCCAUUAUCUCACGCAGAGCUGCUUUAGAGGUGUUAUUGCAGCUGCCUUCCUAUCGAUCAGUGGGCUCCUAGCUUCGUCAUUCUCAGCUGGAAAUCGAUCGACCUACAUAUGUCCUGUGGUGUUGCAUGGCGCAUCGAAGAUGCGCUCAUUUAGGGUCUUCAAUAUAUUUGCCGACUCUGCAUUACUGAUUGGAAUCACCGAGCUAUGUCGAAUUGGCAGUCAAUUUGAUGAGUCGCGGAGAAAGCGCACUCUGAUGUUCCUUGGAGCUGGUCUCCUUGGCCUUUCUGUGUUCUGGUGUAUCCUAGGUCUCAAGGUAUCAGACAGUUCACCCGAACUGGCUGGGCAACCCACAUUGGACCUCGAGUACUCGCGUGGUGCUUUCAGUCAAGCUAUACUACUGCUACUUCUGGUCUUGUCAGCUUGGCAUAUGUUACCGCAUUUUGAUAUUGUUGGUAUAUCAAUCAUUGGCGGUUUCAUGGUCAUUUACUUCUCUUCUGUGUCGGCCCUUGUUGGUGGACACUCGUCUUACCCAUUCAUCUCCUUGACACACUCGGUUCUUCCGAUGGUAGCAUCUCUCACCGGUGCUAUUCUCUUCCUCCUCGCGCGAGUGGUUCAUGACGAAGAAUACAAACCUCUGUACCGCACCAACAUUGCCAUACAGAUACUUUUCGUUGUUCUUUGUGGAAUCAGUCUGGGUUUUGCAGUGAAUAAACAUCGCGUCUCUCCCAUCCAUCCAAUUGAUUUCCUCAUACAUGAAGGCACAAUUCAGCAUGACAAUUACAUGGCCCAGGCAUCUGCGAGCAAGUCCCUCCGAGAUGCUGUUGGGGAAUAUCGGAGGCGAUACAACCAGCAUCCACCACCUGGAUUCGACAAGUGGUAUCAAUACGCCACUAAGAAGUCAUCAGUAAUCAUCGACGACUUCGAUCAGAUCUAUCACAACGUACUUCCUUUCCGAGCACUGGCUCCACAGCAAAUACGAGAAAUGACAUCUCAAUUAGCAACCAAUCCGUUCAACGAUCUCGGCGCUAUCAGCAUUCGGGAUGGAAAGGCUAGGGUUCAAGAAGGGAUUAAGCCGACACAUGCGUGGAUGGUACAGGGAGCUGCCGACAUGAUGGAGAACUUUGUCGAAUUCCUCCCAGAUAUGGAUCUGGUGUUCAAUUUGAAUGAUGAACCGCGUGUUGCAGUUCCCUGGGAGAAGGUGUCACUGUUAAACCGCCAUGCUCACGCCCAGCCGAUGGUCCCUGAAGAGCAGGCAGUGAACCGUUGGUCGGCGAACCGACCAGAGGGCUGGGGUCCAAUCGAACCCGCCGAUCUGACCAACACCACCAUCUUUACUGAUGGUGCGUGGAGAGGUGUCUUCGAUCCAUAUGUGAGCGCUAUAUGCCCACCUUCGUCGAAGGCACGCUCGCAGAGAAUCUGGAACCGACGUGAUCUCUGUUUAUCAUGCGCGGCACCUCACUCCAUGGGCCAAUUCCCACUGGACUUCAACAUCGCCUCCGACAUCUGCCACCAACCCGACCUCGCGUUCAUCCACGGACUUCUCAUCUCCCCAGCUUCAUUCAAGGUCUCACAAGACUUAGUCCCAGUCUUCAGUCAAAGUGCUCUCUCGGGCUUCAACGACAUACUCUUCCCCAGCCCAUGGAAUUACAUCGACAAGGUUAAAUACCAACCUACAGACGAACAUCCCGACCCAGAAUAUAGCCACAAAGCAACAUCCCUCUACUGGGUCGGCAGUACAUCAGAAGGUGUCAGCCGCUUCGGUGAAUGGAAAGGCAUGCCCCGGCAACGCUUCGCCCACUUAAUCAACAACAAUACCAACAACGAAGUAUCCGUCCUCCUCCCAACAAACGACGGCACAGGCACAUUCCGCUACGAAAUAAUGGACGGCGCCGCCCCAAGCGAAACCCUCCACCUAGAAACCAACGUCCACCUAGCCGACCCAAUCGUCCGCUGUGGCGACUGCGACGAACAAGCGGCAGAAAUGGGCACAGUAGGCUGGCGCGAAUUCCAAGCGCACUGGUCCCACAAAUUCCUCUUCGACCUCGACGGCGCCGGAUUCAGCGGUCGCUUCCUCCCCUUCCUACACAGCCACAGCCUGCCACUAAAAACGGGCCUAUUCAGACAAUGGUUUGACUCACGCGUCACAUCUUGGCUACACUUCGUACCAGUGGACAUCCGUCUCCACGGGCUCUGGAGUACACUAGCUUAUUUCGCAGGCGUUCCCUCUCCAGCAGCUUCUCAGGGUCCUGGCCCUGGUGCGCCGCAGGUGCGUAUGAAGGCGCAUGAUAAGCAGGGCAAGGCGAUUGCCGAGCAAGGACGGGAUUGGGCGCGGAAAGCGCUCAGGAAGGAGGAUAUGGAGAUUUAUUUCUUUAGGCUUUUGUUGGAGUGGGGGCGUGUUACUGAUGAUCAGCGUGAUGUCCUUGCUUAUAAGCCUUGA